AUGAAAUCCGCACAUAUCCUUCUAUCAGGUUUUGGCACAGUCGCUGCAGCGCAUGAGAAAAGAACAGGCGGUGGAAAGGACACACAUGGCGAUAGCCCUUCUGCCUCUGAGCUCCUCGAUGACAGGCUUGGGCGUCUAUGCCUCUUAGUUGGGGGAUGCAUUCUCGCGUUCUUCCUAAUCUGGCACAAUUCCAUUCGAUUUUCGAACCAUAUACGUCGGCUCACGACCCUCACCAAUGAUUCGCAACGGUAUUUCGUAUCAGAAGAUCCUUACUGGGCCUGGCUGAAGAAAUCUGUCGUCUAUGCUCCUCUAUUUCGAACACGACAUAACCGAGAAUUCCGUCUUUCUGCUGCCGUCAACGUUGGAACUCUUCCUACCCGAUUCCAAACUUUCCUCCUUUUGGGGAUCAUUGCUAUGAACGCAACCCUCUGCUCUAUCGACAUCCCAUAUUCAUCAGCCGAAACGACUGUUCUUGGUGUCAUCAGAAACCGCUCGGGCACCCUGGCCGUGGUUAAUUUGAUUCCACUCGUUGUCAUGGGGGGAAGAAAUAACCCUUUCAUCAAACUGCUCAACGUGUCUUUCGAUACAUGGAAUCUUCUACACCGGGGCUGGGACGCUGUUACAGAAUCUUUCAAAGGCCAAUUCAUCAUGACUGGUCUAAUUGCGAUGGUUGCUUUCCUGCUACUAGCACUGCACUCACCUUCUGCGAUUCGACAUGCGUUCUAUGAGACCUUCCUGCAUCUCCACAUCUUAUUUGUGGCCGCAGCUUUGGGUUUUUUGUGUGUGCACUUGAAGUCAAAGGCUGCGCGGAAAUAUCUCUAUGCAGCCAUCGCCCUCUGGGUAGCCGAACGUUUCACCCGUCUUGCUCUCCUCCUGUACCGGAACAUCGGUAAGAAAACAAGCACAACUGCUGAUGUUGAAGUUCUACCUGGAGAGGCACUCCGCAUCACGUUGAAACUCGUACGGCCAUGGAAAUUCAAGCCCGGGCAGCACCUUUAUCUCUAUGUGCCAUCUGUUGGUUUCUGGAUGUCUCAUCCUUUCACUGCUGCGUGGAGCGAGGCAGUAGAUGAUCUUACCGACGAGAAGGGCCUUGUCAGGUCUCGCCAGGAUGUUCUCAGUGCACAGAAGACAAGCAUCUCUUUGGUUAUCCGUCGAAGAACUGGAUUCACAAACUCUUUAUUCGAAAAGGCCAGCGCAACCAGGGACGGUCGUAUCUCGCUCAAGGCAAUGGUGGAGGGUCCGUAUGGAGUUGACCACUCCCUAGACUCGUACGGGACGGUUAUGUUGUUCGCGGCUGGUGUUGGCAUCACACACCAUGUGUCCUUUGUCCGUUAUCUUGUUGGAGGCUAUGCAGCGGGCACAGUUUCUGCUCGAAGGGUUACCUUAGUGUGGAUCAUCCAAUCACCAGAGCACCUUGAAUGGAUCCGCCCAUGGAUGAACAGCAUCUUGUCUAUGGAAGGGCGCCGCGAUGUUCUUCGAAUCUUGCUUUUCAUCACUCGACCACGCAACACACGCGAGAUUCACAGCCCCAGCUCAACCGUGCAGAUGUUCCCUGGCAAACCGAAUAUUCCAACACUUGUCGAUGCCGAAAUAGAAAACCAAGUAGGGGCUAUGGGUGUACUUGUGUGCGGCACGGGUAGCUUGAGCGAUGAUGUCCGACGAGUAUGCCGUACGAGGAAAUCCGGAAGCCAUAUUGAUUUCUUGGAGGAAAGUUUCUCGUGGUAG